AUGUACUUCCGCGCGGCCCCUGUCCUGCUUGCCCUUGCUGCCUGCCAGGCUGUGAUUGCGGCUCCUACCUCCUCCCCCGCGCCGGCCCCGGCUCCUGCUCCUGCUCCUGCUUCUGCCCCGGCCCCCGCUUCUGCCCCGGCCCCUGCGCCACCAGCCCCGGCCUCGGAGCCUGCUCCUGCCCCGGCUCCCGCGGCUGCUCCUGCCCCUGCCAACUCGAAGAUUGUGAGCAACAUCAACUGCACCAGCUACAAUGUGUCUGGUACCCUGCAGGCUAACAACAUGAAUGUCUCAACUGUGGGUUCCCCUCUGGAGCUGGUGGUCGGUGACAAGGCUGCGCCUAUGGUCUUCACGGAAUGCGACUCUGACAUUAUGGGAUACAAGGCCAACGGCACGAAGCACUAUGGUCUGCUUUCGACUACUGACGCCGUGCAGCAGCAGUGUGUGCACGCUGCUGUUCUGGCUGCGCAGAACUCGCACCUGCAGAUUCAGCCUUGCUCGUUCAGCGACGACAGCUCGCAGUUCUCCCAGUACUUUGAGUUCGACGAGGCCAACAAGACGCUGCAGUUCGUUGGCCGCCCGGCUCCUGGUGAGUUUUACUCGGUUGGCCAGCUUGACAAGUUUGUGACGGUGUCGAACAACGGCACGUCGGCCAACAACCUCACUCUUGUUUAA